UGAUGUUCGCGCUUGAUCUUCGGCGGAGCUCGUGUUUUUCCGGCAUUCUCCGGUGUAUCCUCUCAGCAGGCUUCUUGCUAACAAACAACAGCAGGCCCCGUUCCCGGCGGCCCAUUCGCUUUACGCUUUUAUCAAACCUGGACUGUUUUGGAGAACCGUUCCGGGCUCCAUAUUCGUGGUUGUGUCCCGGUCCGUGCAGACUGAGGUCAGCUCGGGCUGCUCGGUGUCGUGUUUUCGCUCGGUCAUUCUCGGCUUUUGUCGUCGUUUUGGCGGAGACAUGGAGGAGGCAGACUCGGCAACGAAGGCUUUCGGGCUGGUUGAACCGCCCAUCAUCGGACCGCCGGUGGAGGGAGUGGGCUCCGAAACGGAGUCGGAGGCCGAAGUCGCAACGAUGGCUGUGAUGCCCGAACCGGGAAACAUCGACAUCGGAGCCGAGUCCAUGCCGAACGCAGACGAGGCUUCGUUCGCAGAGGUGACAGCUGAGGCAGAUGUUCAGACCACAGACGACAGUGUUUUCACCACAACAGUGGCAACAUCAGCAGCGCUGUCUGAGCACAUGCUGAACAACAGAACCACUCUCCAGUUGGGUGACGGUCUCAGCGCUCAGAAGGCGACUCUGAUUGUGGUUCACACUGACGGCAGCAUCGUAGAAGCUGCUGGACUGAAGUCUGCCGCCAGCAUCACAGCAGGCCCUCAGACUCCAACUACUCCACUGACUCCCCCCCAGGACAAGGACUCCUGCUCCAAGUACAACUGGGACCCUUCCGUGUACAACAACGAGCUGCCGGUCCGCUGCAGGAACACCAGCGGGGUUCUGUACAAGCCUCGCCUGGGAUCAGGUGGCAAAGGUCGCUGCAUUAAACACAACCAGCAGUGGUUCACUCCCACAGAGUUUGAGGCUCUGUCGGGCAGAGCAAGCAGCAAAGACUGGAAGAGAAGCAUCAGAUACGCCGGCAGACCUCUGCUGUGCCUUAUACAGGAGAGGAUCCUUAACCCUCACGCCGCCUCCUGUACCUGUUCAGCCUGUUGUGAUGAUCUUACACCGUCUUUAAAGGAAGAGAGUUCCCUGGCAGGAGAAAACAUCAAUAUGACCGGUCCGGUUCGCCUUUUUGUUCCGUAUAAGAGACGGAAGAAAGACGCAGAUCUUCAAGUCAUCCCCUCAAAAAAGGAGCUUCCGUCCUCCAAGAACAUCACUCUGAGCCCUGGAGCUACAUUCACGGUGUCUCCAUCGGGAGAAUUCACCACCUCCGGAACCCUGACGUUUGACCGCACUCCAACGGGCGACGCCGCCACCGCCGCCGCCAUCAUCUCAGAUGGUUCGGCUCAAGGCGAGGUCUACGGUGGCACCGCAGUGCUGACGGCGUUGCCUGCGUUGUCCAUGACUCCUCAGCCGAUUCAAGCCAAAGUGGCGGUAUCAACCGCGGCGGCGUCUCCAUCGGAAACGCUGGUUACGGGGCUGGACGUGGCGCCUGCUGGGGCUGUGGAGCCCGGCGGGGGGGAUCCACAGAAGCAGACAUGGCUGUAUUUGGAGGAGCUGGCUAACACGCUGCUCGCCAACGUUCAGCAGCUGAAGGCUCUGAUCGAACAGGCCAAGAGCUCAGCGGGGGAGGCUGGAGACGCCAAGGCUCAGGAAGGCAGGAAGGAGAUCUCCUUUCAGCAGCCGGAUGACUCGGAGGCUAAGAGGAAUUCUGACAUCACAGAGAUAAUCAUCAACCAGAUGUGUGUGAACUGUGGUCGGGUGGCCAUGAACGAGUGCACAGGCUGCCACAAAGUCAACUACUGCUCCACCUUCUGCCAAAGAAAGGACUGGAAAGACCAUCAGCACUCCUGCUGUCAGCCAGCAGGGGGCAUACCUGUCCAGGAUGAGGAGGAGGUGGCAGCCAUGGAGAUGGACAAAGUGAAGUGAUGAAGAUCCUCUCUGGACUGAACCGUCUGCUCUCCGUCAGCAGAGAGGACUGUGUCAUGUUUCCUCAGCAGGAGACGGACUGCAGACACGGACAGACUUCUCAUGUCUUAAUAAUAUUUUAUCAUGGAUCCCAAAGGAAAAAGAACUGAAACGAUUUCAGACACUGAAGACUGAACUUCAGAUGAAGGAAGGUCUGCUGACCCGCAGAUGUUGUAGUUUUAUCAGCUUCACCCUCAAAGUGUCAAACUGUACAGGAAACGACAAACUUCACCAGAGAAUCCAUCUCAGUAACUUUUUUAGGUUUGGCAACAUCAGGACAUUUUUAUUGCGUUUCAGGUCCAAACAUCAGAUGAGGUUAAACAUGAAAUGCAUGAAUAAACAGAACGGCGUCAGAA